CAUGUUCGUUUACGCGUUGUGUGAAGUAUCGAUAUUUUAGCAUUGGGAAAUUAAAUACUAUUCCCUUGACAUAACGUUCAAAUUACAAAUUUACGCAUUUGUUUGUAGUAAUAUUAAAUGGUGUUGGAAGGAUCAAAAUCAGCAACAACAGCAAAAUACAAAGAAAAGAAACAUUUGAACUGUCAGUCUGUCACACUCACAAUCACAAGUCAAAUCAAAUGUAAUUUAGAGAGUGACAGUAGGUCUCUGAAACUACAAUAAUUCUAUUUGAUUUCAAUUGAUUAUAUCUGCUUCAAACAUAAUUUUGGUUUGAAGUUUAGUGUAAAAAGAUGGUCAUAUUGUUGUUUGUGUAACAGUAUCAAUAAUAUUGUCGUAACUGUGGAAAUAUCCUCUGCCUACAAAUCGGAGACUGUUAUCAGGAGUUUUCAGUUUUAGGAAAACUUAAUGCGAUGGCUAGCGACGAAGACGACAGUACAUGGUUAAUUGAGUUGGAAUCUGCCCUAUUGGAUGGUUGUUCAGCCCAAGAAAUAAAUUUGCUCACUAAAGGCAAGAAGAUACCUGAAAGUUUACGCCCAGAUGUGUGGCUCGUUUGUCUGAACUGCCAAGAAGCAGGCAAUCAGCUACUUUCCUUUGAUGAAAUAUUUGAUCUGCAUAAUCAAAAUGAACUAAGGGAUGAUGUAAAAAAGUUUGUAAAAAGACUUGGCAAUGAUGAUGAUGACAAACUAUCAGUAAUAUCUGAUAUUGAAUCAAUAAUAACUUUUUAUUGCAAGUCUAAAUCUAUCAACUACAGUGUCAACAAUGGUUGGAUUGAAAUCUUGUUACCAUUACUGAGUUUAAAAUUGCCCAGAUCUGAUACAUACAAUUUAUUUGAAAAAGUUUUGAAACUAUACAUUCCCCAAGGCUGUGUGAAGAAUGGAGUACCAUUUCACAUACUACGGCUAAUCUUACAGUAUCAUGAUCCAGAACUGUGUUCAUUUUUAGACACAAAACGAAUAACACCAGAACAAUAUUGUAUGUCAUGGUUAAGAUCACUUUUUGCAGGUACAUGCAAUUUGGAGGUAGUGCUUUUUAUGUGGGAUUUGUAUUUCCAAAGAUCUGAUCCUUUCUUCAUAUUUUUCCUAUGCUUGAUAAUGGUUAUCAAUGCUAGAGAACAACUAUUGCAAAUGAAAAAUGAAGAUAAGGAUGCAAUAAUUCAAACUUUAAUUCAGAUGCCUUCAGAUCUAGAAGCCAAUGAUGUUUCUGAUUUUUGUUCACUUGCACAUUAUUAUUCCUUAAAAACUCCUCUGUCGUUCCGGGAAGAUGUAUUAGAAGUAUUGUUCUCAGAUAGUGGAGUAGAAAUAAACUCUAAGCUUUAUUCCCAAGCACUAUGUCUUCCUGUAGCUGUCCAUGAGCUGAUAGAAAGUGCAACUCUAGAUUCUGGUAACAGUGACAGUGUGAAAUUCUUUUUGGUAGACUGUCGCCCAGCUGAGCAAUAUAAUGCUGGCCAUCUGUCAACAGCAUUUCAUCUUGAUUGUAAUUUGAUGUUACAAGAACCUUCAGCCUUUAAUACAGCAGUACAAGGAUUAUUGAAUGCACAACGCCAAGCACUAGCGGCUGGCUCUCUGGCUGCUGGAGAACACCUUUGUUUUGUAGGUUCUGGUAGGACUGAAGAAGAUAGUUAUGCACAUAUGGUGGUAGCAUCCUUCUUAAAAAGAAAUACUAAACAUGUCUCCAUGUUAGAUGGAGGUUUUGUUGCUAUCCAUGACUACUUUGGCCCACAUAUGACUGACUGUUUGGAAGAACACAAUCCAUCUACUUGUUUAGUAUGUGCACCUAAUAAUAAUAAUGAUGGUGUAGAAACACAUCAAACCAAGGUAAAAGAUAAUAUUCCAGCUAAACAGCUGUUUAGCAAAUUAUCUUCAGCAAUGAAAGCCAAGAGCCAAGAGGUCAGAGGAAAGUUGAUUGAGUAUAUUGUAAAUCCAAACUCAACAUACAAUAAUGGAGAGUGGCAUGUUUCUGCCGGAGAUAGGAAAGAGCAAAGGUACAGAAAUGUGCCUCCAGUGUUUAGCAUAAAUGACGAAGACGAUGAUUCAAGGUCAGACAGUCUGAGGCGAGAUUAUACAGAUUCAGAUUCAUUAGAAGAAAUUGUCGAGUUACAAUCUUACCUAAAGGAACAUAAUGUUGUAGAUAGUUUCCCGUGUCAAGAGGUUUUGCUUAAUGGCUACAUGCAUGAUUCUUAUUUGGUAGUGUCUGAAACACAUCUGAUUGUUCUACGAGACAUACCUAAUAAAAAAGGAGCCGCGAAAAUUAUGUCUCGAAGGCCAUUAUCAACUAUUGUUAAAAUAACUGCAAAAAAGAGACAUCCAGAGUUAAUUACCUUCAAGUAUGGAGUGCCAGAUGGUGAUAAUCUUUUGAUAAAAGAUAUGGAUCGCUUUCUCAUCCCAAAUGCUUCUGUAGCUACGAAAGUGGUUUCAAACCAAAUUGUUCAACAACUGGACACCAAAGUUUGAUACACAAAAUCGAGAGAAGAAAAGUUUUAAGAAAAACAUUUAUUCCAAAUGGAAUAUUAUAGGCAUUAUGACCUAGUAUAACAGGUACCGAAUGUACCGAUUCCAAAAGUUUUGUAAGCAGCGGCGGAAAAAAAUUUGAGAAUGCUGUUUUUUUUUCAGUUGCUGAUAAGUCAGUCUGAAGUAACUUUUAUCACAUGAAUAACUUACCACUAAAACAAAUCACAGUUCUUAUACAUAUUCUAGCACGCCUUAAGUGGAAAAUGUUUAAUUUGUAAAUUGUUGCUAGGAACCUACUCAUAAAUUUAUAAUUAUGUUUUGAGUAAGUAUAAUCAUAAUAUUUAUGAGUAUGUGAAACAUAUGAAACUACGCCUCAUUUUGUGUUUGUGUACGUAGGUUGAAUUGAGUUCAGAUGGACAUAGCUUAACUGCUUGAAUGCACCGAUAUGAGACACAAUAGAAAAUACAUUGUGUCUCACGUGGGUCCACGUUUAGAUAUACACCACAUGUUAUAUGUACAUAAGUAUUAAUCUUCUUUGUCACUUUUCUAAAAGAGUAUUAGAGGUAGACAGUGGCGUAACUACAGUGUAGCAAGUAGCCAAAAUGCCUUCCCAGCUGGAAGGGGUUAGGCCCCAAUUCUUAGGUUUUUAUUUGAACUUCUCUCUUUUUUAUGGGGAACGGGGUCCCGUCCCAUUCGACAAAUUUGUCACGGGCCUCGAACGGUAUAGUUACGCCACUGUUAAUAGAGUUAGACAGAAAGAGAGUACAUGUGACAAUUUAAGCCUACCUAGUCACUACAUACUUGUGCUAAGCAAUAUUUAUCAAAAAUUCACAUUUCAUAUUAUGGCUUUACCUGUAUUGGAAUUUCAUUUCAUUAUUAAUGUUACCACUACUUUUCUGUGGAUUUUUUUUUAGUGUAGUCAUUAUCUAGGUUAAUG